AUGGAACCUAGGAGAUGUGACACGCCAUCUAGCACCACCAUCACCCUCGACAGCGAGGAAAACACUAGGGGGCGACAAGGGACCGGCUGUCCGCAGCAGAUAAAGAAGCAGAACUACCUAGAGAACUGUCAGAAAUACAGCAGCUGUGACAACCGCUCCAAGAAGCACCUUGACUUCUGUUGCCAGCAGCUAGAGAAGAUGGACAGGCAAUGCCGAUGCCCUGGUCUAAAGCAGGCAAUGCCGAUGCCCUGGUCUAAAGCAGGCAAUGCAGCAACAGAUGGAACAAGGACAAUUGGGGGAAGAAGAGAUGUAUCAGAUGGCUAA